AUGAGCGCUCCCGCGGAUACCGUUGAAGCUGUACAGCGCAUUACACAGCGCAUUGACGCUAUUGGAGAGCGCGACCCGGGCGUGUUUAUGGGCCUUUCAUGGUACUACAUUCGACUCAUUCUCCUUACGGGGAUCGGCUGGGCCAUGGACUCGAUGGAGACUUUCAUCUUUACAUACUGUGCCGAGCUCAUCCGCAAGGACAUUCCCCAGAGCGCCCAUCAGGCCUCGUUCCUAGGUGGUGCUGUCUUUGUCGGGUCUUUUAUCGGGUCGUUCCCCUUUGGCUCGCUCGCUGACAAGUACGGCCGGCGUCCCAUUUUUAUGGUCACGCUCGUGCUCUUCCUCGCUGGUCUCGCCUUUUGCGCCUUGAGCUGGAACGUCACCUCCAUCACCUGUGCCCGCAUCAUCUCGGGUAUCGGUCUAGGCGGUGAACUGCCGGUUGCCUCGACGCUCGUGCAAGAGCUUUCGCCCAAGAAGACGCGGGGCAAGAUUAUUGUACUUCUCGAGUCGUUUUGGGCAGUUGGGUGCAUGAUGGCCGUUGUCAUGGCCUUUGCUGCUGCGCCCAAGAUUGGCUGGCGCGAGACGUUUUACAUCUGCUGUGCCCCUGUUGUGUAUGCCAUUGUGAUCCGGUAUUGCAUCCCCGAGUCGCCCAAGUGGCUCGCCAGUGUUGGCCGCUAUGACGAGGCCGUUGCGAUCGUCGAAGCGAUCGAGCGUGCCCACGGAUUGGACCCGUACGAUCCAAAAGCGGACGUUGAGAGCAUCGAAGCGGUAUCUGCCACGCCGAUCCCGCCUCGGCUCCCGGAUUCCCAUAUUAAGCGCAUUGGGAUGCUCUUUGAACGCCAAUUCCGCGUACGCACGAUCGUCUUGUGGACGCUCUGGUUUGGCAUAUCCAUGUCGUACUAUGCCAUUUUUAUCUACCUGCCGACGCUGAUUUCACUCAAGGGCUUCGACAUGAAUGCACAAUGGGAGACGAUCCUCAUUAUCACGGCUUUCCAGCUUCCCGGCUACUUUGCUGCUGCGGGUCUUGUGGAAAUCAUUGGACGCAAGCACACGCUUGUCAUUUUUUUACUUGGUGCCUUCCUGUCUGCGAUUGCCAUGGGCUACGUCGACGCGACCAAGACGCCUGUGAUGAUCACUGGCUCGUUCACGUCGUUUUUCAUGCUUGGUGCAUGGGGCUGCGUAUACGCAUAUACACCCGAGAACUACCCGACAGCUAUUCGGGGCAUGGGGGCAGCAUACCCAUCAGGGUUUAGCCGCAUUGGCUCUUUUAGCGGCCCGUACUUGUGUGCUUCCAUGUUUGGCGACUGGAACAUGUCGCUGGAGGGUAUCAUGUGGGUGUUUGGUGGACUGCUGAUGGUGGUGUCGGCUAUUGUGCUGUUUUUCGGCUACGAACCCCGUGGCAAGAAUGUCGAAUUGUACGACGAGAAUUGUAGCGUGGAGAAGUCUUCCGCCUUUGAGUCCGUGCGUACGCCUAAUUGA